AUGCUACUCGUUCAAUUGGUCGUCCUAUAUGUGCUAACGACAAUUCUACAACUAUGCAAAGCACUUAGCACAGCAGAACUCACCCAACUAGCACGAGAUUCGCAAGCAGUCACCCCAGAGUUAGGCUAUCAAAUCGCCAUUACUCAAAGCGACCUCCUGAUCCUCGACGGGGUAAGAGACUACUACACCUUGAUAACACUCACCCUGACCAACCCGAAACACAACUGCGAGCUAUGCAAGCAGCUCCAGCCGAUUGUAGCACGCGUCUCGGAACUAUGGCACCGGGAUUACUCAUCGACGAAUUUCCUCCAUUUCCUCACGAUCGACAUGAGCGACAUGACAAAUCAGGAUGUAUUCCGGCAAUUGCGGCUAACGUCGAUUCCGCACGUGUGGAUGAUCCCCCCGGCUCACUUGGAUCUUCCCUUGGACUUGUCGCAGCUCAAAUACGAGGAAUGGCGCAUCCCCAAAUCGGACCAGAUCAUGUCGCUAGCUCAGUUUGUCGGGGAGCACACCCAACGGACAAUAGUCGUUUCCGACGACGAUGCACUCGCGAAAUUCGUAAAGACGUUUGUCUUGGUGUUGGGCUCGAUCAUCUUGAUCCGCAAACGCGGGCCGCAGUUCACCACGAAGAAAACCAUCUUGUGCUUUGCGAGUAUUGCAUUCAUCUUGCUUUGUCUUGGAGGAUACCAAUUCACGUUGCAGAACCGCGUGCCGUUUAUUGCCAAGAAUGAUGAGGGGGCAAUCAUCUUGAUCUCGGGUGGGACUCACUACCAGUUUGCACUGGAGAUUGUUUUGGUUGCUUUGAACUAUGGCGCGUUGUCGCUAGUUUUCAUCACCUUGAUGAACUUGGGCAAAGGUAUGUGGCUCGGUAAUAAUGAGAAAUUGAGGAUUUGGUUGAUUGUCGUGGCCUGUUUGUUGGUGUAUCUUUUGGUUAGUUGUUUGACUAGUAUGAUUUUACGCAAGGAUGGAGGUUAUCCUUAUGGGUUUAAUCGACUUUUCUAA